AUGUCACCACCCCCACCAACGCCGCCUCCGGCCAAAGCAGAGGGGAGACGCAAGGCAUCGGGCUUUAGGUAUUGGUUGGAUGUGCAGACUCGAUGGAUUGAUAAUGAUCAGUACGGACAUAUCAACAACGCCGUCUAUUAUCUCGCAGCAGAUGCAGCAAUCAACGCGUACCUCGUAUCGCACUGCGCCCUCCAACCGUAUCGCCAACCCACGGACCCGCCCCCGUCUGACCCUCGCGCCGACGUGCUAGGCUUGAUGAUCUCAACCUCUGCAAUCUAUUACGCCCCCGCCACAUUCCCCUGCGUAUUGCGCGUCGGGUUGCGGGUCAUCAAGCUGGGUCAGUCGAGCGUCACAUACGAGCUUGGAAUGUUUGAGAUGCCGGAUCCUACCAAGGGACAGGGGCUACCUGCCCUGGAGGGAGGGAAGGUGCAGGCCCCAGCGCCGGGCGAGUUGGAUGGCGAGGCCCUUGCGGGGACACUGACAAGGGCAACGCAUGUUUACGUGGACCGACAGAAUCGACGACCUGUCAGACCCAUGCCUGAGGCGAUUGGGAAGGGCUUGCAGGCUGUGAGGGUUGAGGAGUGGGCGGAGGAUGGGGAGGGCAAGGCCAGGCUGUAG